AGACAGCCGCUGGUGCGAGGCUCCUCCUCGCGUCGUCGUGUGAGUGAGAACAAGACGCAGCCUUGCCGGAGGGAGGCGGAGGCGGUUGGUUGUCAGUUGAGUUUCGCUGGUAGCUAGUGCUGACAGGUCAGCUCUAACCACUCGUUCAUCUGCGGAGGACGUAAGGAAGGAAGGAAUCUCCCAAACCGGAGUGACAUGGAAGACGCGGUCGGUGUUAGCGCGUACGGAGCUUCGCUCGCCGGACGAGGUUUCGACUUCUACAAGUUUAUCCGACAACCGCAAACUGUUGUGCGGCUACUCAGCUGGUUAUUUGCCCUGGUGGUGUUUGCCUGCAUCACAACAGAGGGAUACAUCAACAGUCCAACCAGUGCUGAGGCAAAGUGUAUAUUCAACCAGAGCGACUCGGCGUGUCACUAUGCUGUCGCCAUCGGGGUGAUCGCCUUCCUGGCCUGCAUGGCUCUUCUGGUGUUGGACGUUUACGUGCCGUUCAUGAGCAACGCACAGGAGAGGAAAUAUGCCGUCCUGGCUGAUCUGAUUUUCUCAGGGCUGUGGACCUUCCUGUGGUUUGUGUGUUUCUGUCUGUUGGCAAAUCAGUGGAGUCGCACUCAUGAUGUCCGAGGCAUCCCAGAGGAUGCUGCACGAGCCACCGUGGCCUUCUCCUUCUUCUCUAUCGCCACCUGGGGAAUCCUAUCCUACUAUGCCUUGGGUCGUUUCCGUCGCGGUGUAAACGAUGUCACCAUCCCAACCUACACGGAGCCGCCAGCGGAUCCCCACACCGCCUACCCUCCGACCUAUGCGCCCACCUCCUACAACCCCACCACCUACACUCCGACCACUUACACGGCGUAUCCCAGCAAUAUGCCCGACUCGCAACAACAGCCGCACUUCAUCUCAAACCCCCAGCCACAAGGAGACUUUAGCUACCAGCCGCCCAGCUACUGAGACAAAGGGAGCUCACACGGAUGAGGUGGUGUGUCCUCGGUCAUCUGCUGAUGCAGUGAUUGGAGUUUUGCACUGCACAGACACAGAGCUUUAUCACAUUGAUGUGGGUUUUUUUUUUACAUCUAGUUUCAGCCUUAUUUUGUCAGAUUUGUCAGGAACCAGAGCAAUGCAACUGCAAGUUUAGAGAUAUGGGACACAACAGUUUACUUCAAAGGAUCUAUGGUCAGAUUAGAAGGCUUCAGGAGUUCUAAGAUUAGUGCUGGGUAUUAGGUAAUCUGACUUUAGACCUCUGUGUAAAAAAAAAAAACCCUGCAACAUUUACCUCAAAUGGGCUGAUCCUGAAGGAGGUAGAUAAAAAAUGUAUCCAGGAGGUCAACAGUCACAUUGUGUGACUCAACAAAGCUCCAGUCAUAGUGGAGCAGGGCGACACUGGCUGUGUAUCUCCCCUGUCUCUGCUGAAAUAAUAAGAAUGUGCAUUUGUACAUUUUUAUGGUUGUAUGUGCCUGAAUUAUUUUAUUUUAUUUAGUUUAGUGAAUUGCCCCCCCUCCCCCCCUUCCGUGUAGUUUAAGUGCCUUCAGGAUCUACAAGUGGUUUAGGAUGUAGGUAUUAAAUAAAAGUAUUGGGUGUAGGGGGGGAGACCUUUCUAAAGCCACUUGUCCCUCUGUUAUUGCUGUGUGUUUGGAAAAGUGGGCUCUGUAGAGAUUAGGCAGUUUACAUGUAGGUCGCCACAUCACCAUCAAACUGGAACGCCGGAGUAAAAAAUGACUCCUUGUCUCACCAUCUCAACCAGCCAAAGGACGUUUCAAUCGAAAACAUAACAGACUGUGUAGAAAAAAUAAGUCUUGUUGAAUGUACAUACAGUACGUAUAGUCAGUGUUGCCCUUUAAAUGUAUAGCUAACAUGCAGAUAGGAGGGGAGUGCAGAUCACUUUGCACUUAAGACAAGUUUAUCCACCGAGUGUGUCCUCAUGCUCAUGAGUAACUUAUUAACUCCCAACAGCAACAGUGCUGCUCCUUCAGGCGGUGAAUAGUUAACGCCUCACACUUCCCUCCAAAGUCCUGGUGACAUGAUGUUGAUUUCCUGUUUUUGAAGGCCGUGUGUGUGCGCGCGCGUGCGUGUCUUUACAGAUGCCAGAUUAACACCUCAGCCAGUGAUGGUGAUGAUAAUCUAACACCUGUCCUGGCUUAAUGUGUUGCUUUAUUGUGCCUGAUAGUCAUAGUUUAACAUUUCUGCUGCCAUCUGGCUGCUGUAGCUUAGCUAAAGUGACCUUAGAUCAGAUUUUCUAUUGCGCCAAGAUUUGAAAUAAUAGAAACUGAUUGUUAAAAUAAUUAACCAUGGUGCUAUUAGUGGUACUACACUGGAAACAUGUGUGUAUGUGUUGGGGGCGGGGCUGGGGUGAUUAUGUGGUUUCAGUGUAUGGGGAAAAUAAUUUUACUGAAACCAAAAUAUAUGGAGAACACUGAUGAUCAUUUCUGCCAUAAGGAGAGAAGGUGAACUUGAAGGGUUUGGGAGUAAAAAUGUGCCUUGAUGAUUUUUUGGGUUAAGCAGCUAUGUCUAUUGAGUGAUGUUGUAUUGUGGCUCUCAGAAAUCAGUUCAUCUUUUUCUUAAUGAACACUUGGAAUGUGUAUUUAUGACAGAAAGAAAUUGAUAUUGCAUUUCUAAGUGUUGUCUUCAGCUUCUCCCUGUACAGUAAUGUGAUGAGGCUCAAAUUUGUAGGCCACAUUUUAUGUUAGAUUCUGUUAUAGAUUUGAAGAUUCUAGAAUGAUUUAUGAUGCAUCCUUUAGAAAAACUCUCAUGCAGCUUGAUUUGAUUUGAUUAAUGUCCCCUGCGUUUCCGUAUUCUGGUGUUAGAUGCGUAGAAGAGACAUUUUGUUUGUUAAAAUAAAAAUCACUUGUAUGAUGA